AUGACACAAGCAUCAAAACCAGCUCUAGAGGCACUGCACGUAGAGGAAGGUCUGCAGGUCUACUCCGCCCUACCCUCAGUUGCGAAGGUGGACGGAGGGAUUCUCCUUGACGCUGGCCUCAAGAAUGAACAUCAGCUCAUUUUGGCGAAAGACGGCCAUACUGUGUUACUACCUCAACCAUCAGGCAAUCCUGAAGAUCCAUUGCUUUGGUCCUCUUCGAAGAAACAUGCUAUCCUCUUCACGCUCGCCUAUGGCGCCUUCGUGGCCGACGCCGUCUCUGGAAGCUGUACAUCCUUAAUUGUUGCCCAAGGCAUCGAGUGGAACAUGAAUCCAAAUACAGUCAACCAUGCAAACACACUCAACAUCCUUCUCUUGGGCGUCGGAGCAUUGUUCUAUGUGCCUCUGUCUACGUGGUGGGGACGCGCACCCACAAUCUUUUGGACGGCUUUCAUUUCCGUCUUCCUCAAUCUUGGUGUCGCCCUGUGUCCCGGCUGGAACGAGUACUACCCUCUUCGUGUUGUCCAGGGCAUAUUCUCCAAUGCACCUCCCAGCAUUGCCAUCGGUUUCAUUCGUGACAUCUUCUUCUUCCACGAGCGGGCUCGAAAGAUCGGUAUAUGGACAGCUCUUUUCAUAGCUUCACCAUACUUGGGUCCGCUGUUCGGAAACUUCAUGCUUGCAGGUCUUGGGGAAUGGCGACCUGUUUUGUGGCUCGGUCUUGCGAUGCAGGCUGCUUUCCUCAUAUGCUGCGUCUUGUUUCUGGACGAAAGCUGGUACAAUCGAGACGUGGCAGAUGAGCUACAGCCACAUCGUGGUUCCGGCAUUUUUGAUCGUCUGUCUCGAGUCGUUGGUAUGUGGCAGAUCCGACACCACCAACACUUUUACACUUUGCGUCAUUCCAUUACCACCUUUGCAAGAACAAUCUUGAAACCUGUCUUACUUGUCAUUUUCUUCAACUAUUUCAUUUGCUUUGGCUGGGCGAUAGGUAUCAACGUGAGCACUGCCAUCCUAUUUGCCACACCCGUCCAAUUUGGGGGAUAUGGCUAUAAUUUCAAACAACUCGGAUUCUUGUACUUCACACCUGUUGUCGGCAUCCUGAUUGGGGAGCUGUUCGGCCACUUCGCCAACGAUUCGUUGGCUAGAAGAUACAUUCGCCGUCAUAAGGGUAUCUUCGAGCCCGAGGUCCGUUUGUGGAUGGCAUACAUUGCCGCCAUCCUUAUGAUCGUGGGACUUGUCCUUCUAGGCUUAGGUUUGCAACAACAUCUCAAUGUCGGGGUACUUAUCGCGGGCUGGGGGAUGCAUACAUGUGGUCUAGUUAUUCUGUCAGUGACCACGUUUGCAUAUGCCGUUGACUCAUAUCCAACCGCGUCCGCCGAAAUAGCUGGAUGGAUCUCUUUCAUUCGUGUGGCUGGAGGUUUUAGCGUUGGCUAUUAUCAGCAACCAUGGGGCGCGGCGAUCGGCUACGACAAAAGCUUCGGCACCCAAGCCGCGUUGGUCGGGGUCAGUGUACUCGCCGUUGCGGCGAUCCACAAGUUUGGGCAUCGACUGCGGAUCAAGUCCGGUGAUAUCAAAUAG